AACCGUGGCAACCGAACUGUUUAUCUCUACCCAAUGGAGAGGCGGAGGAGACAGAGACGCCCCUGGAUUCGGUGUCCCGUGAUUCGGGACCACUCACCGGUUCCUCACAGGGUCACUCCCUGCCUCUUCACGGUGCCUUGUCUUCCAUCCAUCCACCCAGCUGUCGUUCCGAGGUAUUUACUGCCUUUUCCACCGUAAAGACACCACUUCGCGUCUCUUCCCCCCCCCCCAGUAGUGGGGUUAGAAGCUGACGUUCCCCUCAGAUAUAUGGAAAGAGGCCAGUCAAACUGAGCCGGACCGCGAUAUAGAGGCAGGCGCGCAGGGGAGCCCCCACUCGCUCGUCGCUCUGGCCCCCUUUGUUCGGCUUCGACGGCGGAACUCUCCUUAAAGCUUCUUUUUCUGGCUCCUGCACCUUGCGGGCCCCGACAGCGGCUCCCCUCAGAGAAGUCUUUGCUUCCCCUCGCCCCGGUCACUCUCCCUCUCGGCUCACGGUCCCGACUUAAGCCGAGGCAUCUCGUUAAGUAGCCACAGCACCGCCGCCACAAGAAACUCGCCGCUCCUCCCGCGGCCAACAACACAACAGCGGCAGCAAGCAAUCGGGCCUCCGACCCGGAAACUGAUCGACAGCCGGAGCCGCACGGGAAGCGGAUCUGCUACCGGCUCGGGAGAGGUGGGGGAAGCUGGGCGGAGCAGUGGCGGAACGAAAAGUAGAGAAAACCCGGGGUGGGGCUGGACGAUGUGUUUCUCCCUGGAGGAAGAGUCUUCUCAAGGCUGCGCGUAACAAGGGAAUACUAACAAACCAUGGGCAACCCGGAAAUAACUGAAGCAUAUGUGGCUGUCAUCCGUCCAAAGAAUGCCGCUAGCCUUAAUUCUCGUGAAUAUCGUGCUAAGUCAUAUGAGAUUUUGUUGCUUGAAGUUCCCAUUGAAGGACAUAAGAAAAAAAGGAGAAAAAUGUUGUUGGAAACUAAACUUCAAGGAGGUGGUGACAUAACCCAAAACAUCUUGGAUUAUAUACUGGAAAUCACCAAACCAAUUUCACCAGGAAAUCAGGGUAUUAAAGGAUUAUUAUUAUAUACAGGAAAGCGAGUUUUGUUAAUGAAGACCUUCCCUCUUGAUGGCGAGAAAGCAGGCAAGGAUGCAUCCCUUUUUGUUGUACCAACAGUUGUGAAAGAUAAUACAAAAUAUGCAUACAGUCCUGGAUGUCCAGUUUUCUACUGCUUACAAGACAUCAUGAGGGUCUGCAGUGAAUCCAGUGCUCACUUUGCUACAGUAACAGCUAGAAUGUUAAUCUACUUGGAUAAGUGGUUAGAGGAACGGCAUUCACAAUCGCAUUCUAUCCCUGCUUUAUUCAGACCAUCUCCCUUAGAACGGAUUAAAACAAAUGUCACAAACCCUGCAUAUGCUGUUGAACCUGGGCAGACAGAGAGCUCACUUCACAUGGGAUACACUGCAUUAGAAAUCAAGAGUAAAAUGUUGGCACUUGAGAAGGCAGAUGUGUGCAUCUACAACCCUUUAUUUGGCUCAGAUCUUCAGUAUACCAAUAGGGUUGACAAAGUGGUUAUAAAUCCAUACUUUGGACUUGGAGCCCCAGACUAUUCAAAAAUACAGAUCCCAAAACGUGAAAAAUGGCAGCGCAGCAUGAGCAGUGUCAUGGAAGACAAGGAGCGUCAGUGGGUUGAUGAUUUUCCUCUUCAUCGCAGUGCUUGUGAAGGAGAUUCUGAGUUACUGAGUCAACUUCUAGAUGAAAACUUUUCAGUUAACCAGCUGGACAGUGAUCAUUGGGCUCCCAUCCAUUAUGCUUGCUGGUAUGGAAAAGUUGAAGCUACUCGAAUGUUGUUAGAGAAAGGAAAAUGCAAUCCAAACUUGCUAAAUGGACAGCUUAGCUCUCCUCUUCAUUUUGCUGCUGGGGGAGGGCAUGCUGAUAUUGUUCAGAUUCUCCUAAACCACCCAGAAAUUGACAGACACAUCACUGAUCAACAAGGAAGAACCCCAUUGAAUGUCUGUGAAGAGAACAAACAAAACGAGUGGGGAAAAACAGCUAACUUGCUGAAAGAGGCCAUAAACAAGCAAUAUGAAAAAGUGCGGAUUUAUCGAAUGGAUGGGUCAUACCGCUCUGUGGAGUUGAAACAUGGAAACAACACUACUGUGCAACAGAUAAUGGAAGGAAUGCGUCUUUCUCAAGAAACGCAACAGUAUUUCACUAUUUGGAUCUGUUCUGAAAAUCUGAGUCUCCAGCUGAAGCCAUAUCACAAGCCUCUACAGCAUGUUCGUGAUUGGCCUGAAAUACUCAAUGAACUGACAAACUUGGAUCCUCAGAGGGAAACCCCACAGCUUUUCCUGAGGAGGGAUGUAAGGCUUCCUUUAGAGAUUGAAAAAAAGAUCGAGGAUCCACUGGCUAUUCUUAUCUUGUUCGAUGAAGCCAGAUACAAUUUGUUGAAGGGUUUUUAUACGUCACCUGAUGCCAAGCUGAUAACACUUGCAAGUCUGCUGCUGCAAAUAGUCUAUGGAAAUUAUGAAAGUAAAAAACACAAGCAAGGCUUCCUAAAUGAAGAAAACUUAAAAUCUAUAGUACCAAUCACCAAAUUAAAAAGUAAGGCACCUCACUGGACAAAUCGAAUACUUCAUGAAUACAAGAAUCUCAGUACUAGUGAAGGUGUGAGUAAAGAGAUGCACCACCUGCAGCGCAUGUUUUUGCAGAACUGCUGGGAGAUUCCUACCUAUGGAGCUGCUUUUUUCACAGGACAAGUAUUCACAAAGGCAAGCUCAAGCAAUCAUAAAGUCAUCAGAGUCUAUGUAGGUGUGAAUGUCAAAGGGUUGCAUCUUCUCAACAUGGAAACAAAGGCUUUGCUCAUAACUUUAAAAUACGGUUGCUUUAUGUGGCAGCUGGGAGAUGGAGAUAUCUGUUUUCAAAUACAUAGUUUGGAAAACAAAAUGAGCUUUAUAAUCCACACCAAGCAGGCAGGACUCAUCGUAAAACUGCUGAUGAAAUUAAGCAGCCAGCUGAUUCCCAGUGAAAGAAGUAACUGAAAUAAGUGGAGAAUGGUUAUGCAAUUAACUGUGCUAAGUACAAUUGUUUUUAUAUAUGCCUUGCAUAUAUAUUAGUUGUACAAGAUGAAAAAUGCUGUCUACUGGACUUCAUUCAAAAGUGUAUUUGUUUAUUUGUAAAACAUAUUUGUAAAAUAUAAUAAAGUAAUUAUUUUGAUAAAAAACUUGGGGGGUUAUUUGGGGAGAAAAACCAUAAAAUGCAUAUAAAAAGAGUAUGUAUAUACCCUACUGGACCUGUGUCAAACAAAUAAAAUCAAGGGAACAAUCCUAAACACACUAGGAAGUAAGCCCUAUUGGACACAGUUGGACUUACUUCCAAGUAAACUUGCCCAGGAUUGCAUUGUUUAAAAUAGAUUACAGUAUUUAAAAAUGCCUGUAGGCUACCCAAUAAUAAGUUACUGCUUUGCAAGUUUCAGUACAUUCCUUUAUUUCACAUGAGAACUGUAGUACAGCAUUAAUGGAGGAAUGUAGUGCAACCUGUGCAACAAUAACUUUUAGUGGUCAGCCUAAUAACAAGUCUCCCAUCUUGGAUAUUGUUCAAUUUAUGUUUUUAUAUAAUCUACCUUGGAAAGGUUUUUUGUCCUGAAAGGUAGCCUCAAAAUAUGGAAAUUUUUUUUAAAAAAAAAACCUUGGGCAUCACAAGCGGAACUCUGUAACUGACAUUCAACACCAUGCAAGUGCAGGGCUUUUCUGACUGACUUCCCACUGUAGCCUCACACAAUCCCCCUCAAAAGAAACUCUAAUGAUCUGGGGACCUCCAGAGCACCCUUCAGUCCAUUGCAAAUGGCUGUAGCUAGAAGAGAAAAUCAGCAACUUCCCUAGCCUGUGUUUUUUUAAGCUGGGCUUGCUUUGUCACCUCUUUGUUUAGAACUUUUUUUUAAUUGUAUCUAUACCUUAUUAUAUAUUUGGAACCCUACAGGGAAAGAGUCAGGAGGGUUUAUCUAUCUGUCAUACACAGAGUAGAUCCACUGAAAUAAAUGGACUUGAUUAGCUCAAGUCUUAGUGUAGCUUAGUUGAAUACAACCCAGGAAGAACAACCAUAAGUAAGAUGUGAAGUGUAAUGUAAAUAAUAUACUGCCUUUUUAUACUUAUGAAAGAAUUUUGUUUUUUAAUUUAUUCUUAUGUUUAUUAAGUACAGCUUUUUAUAAAAUAAUCUUUGUAUAAAAGUUUCUAAAAACCAGGGUAUUUAAAAAUAUAUUGAUUUUAUUGACUAAGGCAUUAUUAGUGAAUUUAGUAGCCCUCCUCAUUUCUAUGCUCUAAGAUCAUCUAAGAAUUCCUGACAAAAUUAAUAUUGUGCAACUUCUAUCAUUUUCAUACAUGGAGGUGUACAUAUGUGCAAGUUACACCUGUGAGUAAAAUCAUUUGCUCUGUUCCAGACAGAGUGGAGAGACCACAAUAAUGUGGCGGAGCACAUGAUUUCCAUACAGAAGAUCUUAGGUUAGUUCCUCACAUCUCUAGUUAAAAGGAUCAGGUAGCAGGUGAAGUGAACGAUAUCUGCCUAAGACCUGGAAAGCCACUGCUAGUCAGAGAAGACAGUACAUUAAUAGAUGGACAAAUAGUCUGACCUAAUAUAAGCCAUCUUCCUAUGUCCCAGUACCCUCUAAAAAAAAUGAAACAAAAAUCCCAUUCAAGACUGCAUUGAAUUUGGGUUGGCUCAUCCAUUGAAAAUAUCAUAUGGAUAUUUAAAAUAUCUGUGUGUAUUCUAAAAUGCAUGUACUCUCAAGCAAUUAUCCCAGAUUUCUUAACUUAAAUAAAAUGACUGCAAGCUUUUAACUGCAGCUCACAAUUAUUCAAAUGCAACUUGAGCCAAAGACAUAUAACAAGCAGCUAGAUGUGGCUGCAUGCACAGAAACAGGCCUUCCUAUUUAUAUUUCCAACUGGAUGAACUGUUACUAAUUUUUAUUAUCAUGCAUUCAUUCAAAAAUCAGGAAACUGUGUGCGUGUGUUGUGAUAUAUAUAUGUAAU